AUGUGCGUGAAACCAAAGGGUGCGCUGCCUGGCAUGGAACUCAGUCCGAUAGCAGUAAUCGCUUUUCUACUGUGCCUGUCGGCGCUGUUUUCUGGCUUGACACUAGGACUGAUGUCAUUGACUCCGCAGGAGUUGGAACUUGUCAUGAAAGCUGGUUCGCCUAGCGAACAGAAAUACGCUACAGUCAUCCUUCCCAUAAGGAGAAAA